UGGCGCUGUUCACUUGCAGCUAUGCAUUGAAUCCAACGAAGAAACAAACACUGUGACAACUUUCAGUGCUCCUGAAAUUACCUAACCAUUUUGAGUAAGCAUUUGGACCAUUUCUAUAGACAUAAGUAGUAAAAUCUGCAAUUCAUACGCUUCAAGACUGUUUCGUAGCGUUCUGUUUGGCGGCACUGUGAUGAAAAUGAGCGAGGAAAACCGCGCUGUUGUGUCCAGAAUGACUGAAGAGGAUGUGCGACAGCUGAUAAAGAGAAAAGAUGACAUCGAGGAGCAGAUUAAAGCUUAUUACGACAUGCUGGAGUCUCAGGCUGGUGUAGGCAUGGAUGGUCCUCUGGUUGAUGUCGAAGGUUUUCCCCGUGCAGAUGUGGAUCUGUAUAAAGUGCGGACAGCGAGACACAGCAUCUCCUGUUUACAGAACGAUCACAAGGCCAUCAUGGUGGAGAUCGAGGAGGCUCUGCAUAAGCUUCACGCCACCGCCAAAGUCACACAUGAGCAGGACGACACACAGAUGGAAAGCAGCGGUCAGACGGUGGAGACGCCGCCUCCGUUCGCUCUGGUGGAUGCAGUAACACACGGAUCUCCUGCUGCUCAGGCCGGUUUGCAUGUCGGUGAUCAGAUUAUGGAGUUUGGCUCGGUAAAUACACAAAACUUCAGGAAUCUCCGAGACAUCGCUUCUGUUGUCCAGCACAGUGAAGGGAAAUCUCUCCGUGUUGGAGUUUUCCGAAAUGGACAAGAAGUGCAUCUGAAUUUGACCCCGCAGCAGUGGUCUGGACGAGGACUGCUUGGGUGCAACAUUGUACCUCUUCACAGAUGAGUGCUGAAAGAGAGAAAGGAUCGUCUUUGGAAAACAGCACACGGGUUUUUUCAUACAUUUGCAGUGCGUUAACGUUAGUUUGCUUUCACAAAAGUAAAGAAAAUAAACUAUCAAGGAGAGAUGA